AUGGCAGUUAUUUUUGAGACAGCUCAAUAUGCACACGUUUUACGCAUGUUAAAUUCUAUGUCUGCUAGAGACAAGUCUUUUAGAACCUUGCAAUUUGUUGCAAAGCUUCUGGCUUGGCGCCUGUACUACAAUGGAAGCUCUUUGGAAUCCGUAAAUAAGUGGGACUCUUUAGAAUCUCAAAUUUCUUUUGCUAGAAAACUGUUCAGUAUCGGCAAGGUUUUUGAUUAUCUUUCCAAGUCUUAUUUCGGCAGUCUUCAAAUAAAAAAUCCAGUUUCUUCUUCUGAAGCUGCUCUCCCUUCCAUUCAACUGACUAGAGAUCUUGCUUUUACUGGUUAUUCUGCAAUGGAAUUAAUCGGUUGGUUACAAAAGACAAAUUUAGUCAAGUGUCCCAACCACAAAUACGUUUCUACCUUGAGUAAGCAAUUUUUAGCUGCCGCCUUGCUUUCCUCUUGCUUCGCAGGCGUAUAUAAUUACCAAAAGAUUUCUGAACAUUUGAAAUCAAUUCAAGCUUCCGAUUCCGGUAAAACGAAACAUGAAGCAUCUGUUGAAUCUUUAACGAAGGAAAAAAACGAUGUCGUCUACUUCGCCAUCCAAAAUGCUCUGGAUGCUUUAAUUCCUCUGGCUGAGUUGGAUAUCGUAAAGUUGGAUGAGGGUGUUGUCGCUAUGACUGGUAUUACCACAAGCUUAAUGGGUCUCUAUAAGACUUGGUUAAAUUAA